AUGCUACCCCUUGUACCAGCCAUGCAACAUGCUACCCCUGUACCAGCCAUGCAACAUACUACCCCUGUACCAGCCAUGCAACAUACUACCCCUGUACCAGCCAUGCAACAUACUACCCUUGUACCAGCCAUGCAACAUACUACCCCUGUACCAGCCAUGCAACAUACUACCCCUGUACCAGCCAUGCAACAUACUACCCCUGUACCAGCCAUGCAACAUGCUACCCCUGUACCAGCCAUGCAACAUGCUACCCCUGUACCAGCCAUGCAACAUGCUACCCCUGUACCAGCCAUGCAACAUGCUACCCCUGUACCAGCCAUGCAACAUGCUACCCCUGUACCAGCCAUGCAACAUGCUACCCCUGUACCAGCCAUGCAACAUGCUACCCCUGUACCAGCCAUGCAACAUGCUACCCCUGUACCAGCCAUGCAACAUGCUACCCCUGUACCAGCCAUGCAACAUACUACCCCUGUACCAGCCAUGCAACAUACUACCCCUGUACCAGCCAUGCAACAUGCUACCCCUGUACCAGCCAUGCAACAUGCUACCCCUGUACCAGCCAUGCAACAUGCUACCCCUGUACCAGCCAUGCAACAUGCUACCCCUGUACCAGCCAUGCAACAUGCUACCCCUGUACCAGCCAUGCAACAUGCUACCCCUGUACCAGCCAUGCAACAUGCUACCCCUGUACCAGCCAUGCAACAUGCUACCCCUGUACCAGCCAUGCAACAUGCUACCCCUGUACCAGCCAUGCAACAUGCUACCCCUGUACCAGCCAUGCAACAUGCUACCCCUGUACCAGCCAUGCAACAUGCUAACACGAUCACACAUGUUGCAUCUCAGGGAACACAGGCGAAACACAGCAUAAUAUCAUGA